ACCACUGGCUGUGGUGGAGCCUCCCCCCGUCUCCCAUGGUUGGCUAUCCCAACAAUCUCUCUCACAAAGCCUCCGCUACAGUCAAUGAUUGAAGAGGAAAUGCACAGAAAAUGGUCAGCCUAGUAUAGUAUUUUUAUGUAAAAAGAAUUGGGCUCAAGAAAAUUUGUAGGAAGAAAGGAUGGGUUCCACUGAUGUUAGUGAAAAUGAUGGUAAGGUUUUGGAAAGUAAUUCGAAUACUGCUCUGCACAUUUCUUCGUCUCAAAGAGGGCUCGUGAGUGAUGGUAACCCUCAAAAACGAUUCGAAGGUGGCUCUAUUUCUAUUCCGAAGAGGCUGCAGUUCCUCAAGUUUGGGAAUUUGGCUUCUCCGUCUGCCAAGUUUCAGCAGAUUGCGGAGGAAAGGGAUGAGAUUUCUCGAGCUGUGCCCUCUUCAGGCAGCCGUCAUCUUCGUGAGCGCUUGCAUAGGCUCUUUUCGCGGAAAAUUGAUUGGAUGUCUCUUAAGAAACUUUGUAAAGAAUGGAUAAGGAAUCCACUGAACAUGGCACUUCUUGUUUGGAUCGUGUGUGUUGCUGUCUCUGGCGCAAUUCUAUUCCUCGUGAUGACGGGAAUGUUGAACCAUGCCCUCCCUAAGAAAUCCGAGAGAGAUGCUUGGUUUGAAGUGAACAAUCAAAUCCUUAACGCGCUGUUCACUCUGAUGUGUCUAUACCAACACCCGAAACGAUUGUAUCACCUUGUACUUUUGAUACGGUGGAAGCCCGAAGACAUUUCGAGGCUCAGAAAAGAGUACUGCAAGAAUGGCACUUACAAGCCUAACGAAUGGGCUCACAUGAUGGUGGUUGUUUCGCUACUCAACCUCAACUGUUUUGCUCAAUACGCCUUGUGUGGGCUUAACUGGGGGUAUAAGAGAUCCGACCGCCCAGCUAUUGGGGUAGGUCUAUGUAUCUCUGUUGCAAUCGGUGCGCCUGCAUUUGCGGGUGUUUACGCUAUGCUUAGCCCUCUCGGGAAAGAGUACAGUGCUGAGGGCGAUGAAGAAGCCCAAGUCCAACUUACGAUAGCUGAAAGUAGCAGGAUGGGCCAAUUGAGGAGAAAAUCCUUGGAGAAGAAAUUCUCGUUUGCAUCCGAUGAAGGGAGGAACCUCGAGGCUAGCCCUCGGUGGAGUGGAGGCGUUCUCGACUUUUGGAAUGACAUUUCUUUAGCAUACCUCUCUUUGUUCUGCACAUUCUGUGUCUUUGGAUGGAAUAUGGAAAGGCUUGGGUUCGGGAACAUGUAUGUUCAUAUCGCAACCUUUCUCCUGUUUUGUAUGGCCCCGUUUUGGAUCUUCAAUUUGGCUGCCGGGACCAUUGACAAUGACACUGUCCGAGGGGCGUUAGGAGUUACCGGAAUAUUCCUUUGUGCCUUCGGUUUACUAUAUGGUGGCUUUUGGAGGAUUCAAAUGAGGAAAAGAUACAAUUUGCCUUCGUAUAAUUCGUGUUGUGGUAAAUCAUCUGUUGCCGAUUGUGCACUAUGGCUAUGCUGUUGCUGGUGUUCUCUCGCCCAGGAAGUGAGGACUGGAAAUGCAUACGAUAUCGUGGAGGAUAAGUUCUACAAGAAACGACAUGAUAAUAAUGGCGAACAGCCUCCCAUUUCACCUUUGCCCCGAGAAGAUGGUGCGUUUAGGUCAAGUCCAAGCCCUCCUCCAGACCAAAAACCGAGAAGUACAACACCAAGUCCGAGCAGAUUUGCAAUGGAAAAUCGCAGUCCAGGUAGACACUUCCCCUCUAUAGACAAUGAACCUAAUUCGGGAGGUAGCCAUGAUCCUAUGGCGCCUCCUUCUCCCCCGAUUAUACAACGAGAAGACGUUUGACACAACGAGAAAUUUUGAGCCUCCGUUUGAAGUUUGGAUUACAACUUACGAGAGAUUCUUGUGUAGACCACAUCUGUUGUCCAUUGGAAUCUUGUAUACAUCAUGCAAGAUUGCAAUGACGAGCUUACACGAGCUGCACAGAUGGGGUUCAACUCGGGACUUUUCUUGGAUUACGAGAUGUAUAGUAUAGUAGCCUCGGUUUUCAUGCUUCUCAUGUUAUGUUGUUGUUCUAUCGUUUUCGUCUGCAUUUUUUUUGGUUUCCAUAUAUAAAUGCUGCUCCUGAAACUAGAUUGUGUAAAUGCAUCAGAAGUCAGAACUCCAGAAGAGAUUUGAGUGGGAGAAAUGUAAAAAACUUUGUUGGAUUGCAGAAGGCCUAUUCUGAUUGCAUUGUUUGGUACAUUCA